GGGUCGGACUUGCUUCCGGGUUAGGGCAAGAUGGCGGCGGCGGCGUGGUCGGCCUCGUGACCCCAGAGGGCCUGAGGUGGGGAAACUGAGUCCCGAGACAAGGAGAAGCACCUAAGGAUCCAAGGGCAUCUUGCCCAGGGAAACUCUCAGCCUUGAUCCAGGACCUCAAUCCACUGCUCCAAAGCCCAUUGUUGGCUGAAAUAACUAAAGCACAGAGAAGUUAAGUGACUUGCCCAAGAAACGAAAUGGAGAAGGAAUUAAGAAAAAUUGAUUUUUCCACAUCUGACCUGAAGAAGAAGAAGAAAAAGAAAACUUCCAGAGAGAGCGAAAGUAAGGAAGGGAAUGCCGAGAUGAGCAAAGAAGAUUUCAGAGGCUCUCCUUUACUUUUUGAAGAGGAAUUUUCUGAGAAAGCUCAGGAUCAGAAGAAAAGGUCGCAUUCCCAGCGACCCAGUGAUGGUAUUUUGACCGAGUCAGAUGUCUGUAAUGAAACGGAAAAAAAAUCGAAGAAGAAAAAGAAAAAAAUGGCAUACGUAGAAGAGAGUGAAGGGGUAUUAUGUGUUCUUGAGGAUAAAGGAAAUGAGACGCUACACAAGGAUAGCUUUCCAAAGGAUGUUGAUGUUGUUUAUUUAGAAAGGAAAAAGGAAAAAUCAUUGGCCAAACCAGAUGAAGAAAAUGAACUGCAUUUGGCCCUUAAAUCUGAUCAAAAAGAUCUGAACCACAAAAUCAGGAAAAAAAAGAAAAGGCAACCAAGAAAUGCAGAUGAAGUCCCUGCUGAAAGCUCUCUGAUGCAGUUGUCAGAUUCACAAGAGCCCGAAUCUGAACUUUCUUUUCAAAAGGAGGAAGAGUUUCGAGAACAAUUAAUAUCUGCCGGGCCCAACAGAGUGACAGAACCCAAGGCAAGAAAGAGGAAGUCUUCGGAAAAAAAGGAUGCGGACUCUACUGGGGAUCUCUCGAUGCCCGAUGAAAGCCGUCUGAAUGAACCUGCGGUUGCUAACAUUAACGGCUCUGAUGCUUUAGAGGGUGACGGUGCCCCUAAUGAAGAGAUUGAGGAACCUGCCAGGAAAAAAUCAAAAUUCAAGAUAAAGAGAAAGCAUUUAAAUGAAAAGGAUGAAAGCCGUCUGAAUGAACCUGCGGUUGCUAACGUUAACAUCCCUGAUGCUUUAGAGGGUGAUGGUGCCACUACUGAAGAGAUUGAGGGACCUGCCAGGAAAAAGUCAAAAUUCAAGAGAAAGAGAAAGUAUUUAAAUGAAAAGGACGCAGUGUCCCUUAAGGAUUUUUCAGGUGAGGGCCCUCAGCAAUUACUCGCUGACCAAACAGAUAUUAUAAGCGGAAUUGAUGAUUUUGAUAUCUCAGCUUGUGAGAGUGUGGAACUUUCCAGCAAAAAAAGGAAAAAGUCUUCGAAUAAAAAUAAAAUGGGAUCUGGGAAUUUGCCCGAGAAUGGCGAAAGCUCGGUGAAUAUACUUGCUGACCAACCCCAAGUAGCCACGUUUGAUUCAAGUCAAGAGAGAAACCUUAACAAAGAAACUGAAGAACCUAUGAGGAAAAAGAAGGCGAAGGCGAAGAAAACUGGAAAGUCUUCAAGGGAGAAAGACCUGGAAUCUACUAAAGGCUUUUCAGUGCCAACCGAGGGGUCGCCGACGAUGCUUACUCACCAAACGGAACCGACUGAUGAUGCGUUGGAGUGUAGUGAUGUCCUUAGGGAAAAAAUUGAGAAACCGGCCAAGAAAAAGAAGAAAAAAAAAUCUUGCUCUGAAAAAGCAGGUGUGGAAAACGAUGAAAGGUUAGAACUGCCCACCAAAUCUGUGGAUGAGACAAAAAAUGCCUCAGAAUUAGCUGAGAGAGAUGAAACUGAAAGCUUCUCUGAGGAUGUCGAAGAUUUCGAUUUUGACAUGGAGACUGCAGUGAAGCAACUUGAGGAGUUUAUUCCUGAUAUUAAAGAAAAGGCAGAAGGCACAAUUAAGCAGAUGAUCAGGGAUGAUCUGCAACGAUUUCAGGAAUUUAAAGCCCAAGGAAUCCCUAUUAAGUUCGGCAAGUUUUCUGCAAGGGAGAACCAACGAUUACGGAAAAACGUCGAGAACUUUUUAGCAAUGACGGGAAUCGAGAACGCAGACAAGCUCUUGCACACCGACCGAUAUCCGGAGGAGAAAACUGCCAUCACCAAUUUAAAGAGAAAGCACUUACUCAGGUGGCACAUUAGUGAAGGCAUUGCCCGGCCUUGGAAGUUGGUUUAUUAUCGAGCCAAGAAGAUGUUUGAUGUUCAUAACUAUAAAGGCAGGUACAGCAAAGAAGAUACUCAGAUGUUACGGAAAUAUCAGUCCAUGCACGGGAACGAUUGGAAGAAGAUCGGUGACCUGGUGUCUCGCAGUAGGCUCUCUGUGGCCCUGAAGUUCUCACAGUUGAAUAACACAGUGAAUCGUGGUCCUUGGAGUAAAGAAGAAACCCGGAAACUGAUCCAAGCAGUUGAAGAGAUAAUUCUGAAGAAGUUGUCUCCUGCGGAUUUAAACGAGAUGGAUGCUAAGUUGCAGGAUGAGAAGCCUACGGAUCGCCUGUCGAUUGUGCGGAAAAAACUUUACAAGGGCAUAUCCUGGGUAGAGGUGGAGGCUAAAGUGGGAACAAGAAACUGGAUGCAGUGUAAAAGUAAGUGGCCUGAAAUUCUAACCAAGAGGAUGAACAACGGCGUGAUGGUGUAUCGUGGGAUCAAUGCCCUGCGGGCCAAAAUCAAUCUCAUUGAUAGGUUAUAUGAAAUGAAUGUAGAUGAUGCUAAUAAUAUCAACUGGGAAGAACUCACUGACACCAUAGGUGAUGUUCCUCCAUCCUAUGCGCAAUCCAAAUUUUACAAGCUGAAAACUACCUGUGUCCCGUUUUGGCAAAAGAUGACUUUCCCAGAAAUUAUAGAUUACCUCUAUGAGACCAGCCGUCCAAUCCUCGAGGAGAGGUUAGAGAAGAAACUAAAAAGGGAAGGCCAGGAGCUCCAGGACCCUGCCAAGCCAAGACAGGUUUUUCGAUUUAAGGACAUCUUUUUUUAUGAAAGUGACGACGACGUUGAAGACGACUUAGAAAGUAAGUAAGGACUCGGCCUCGGCUCCUGCCCGCUACAUUCCCUUUUCCCCAGGUCGACGGUGUUACACCGGGCCGUCGGCAGUGUCCUCUUGCAGAACCGUCUUCGGAAUCAAGCGUACGUCAUUUUGCGAGGAAGUCUGACGAUGACUAAGGGGGCGAUCGCUCUCUUUUCCGCAUGAUCCUCGAGUGGUAGACAGAAUGUCUCCAUUAGCACACGUGAGGCAAAAUUGUAGGCCGUGGACUGAAUUUACAUUUUAUCUCUAGUGGAUGAACUGGCUUUGUCUUGUGCAAGUCGAUCUGUGUGUGGUCCUGUAAUUAAAAUUAUUUUGAACGGGUAACAUUUUAACGUAAAACGCAUCCAUCGUUCCCUGUACCUUCUGGGUUUAACUUGAAGUUGUGAAAAAGUGCUUAAAUGAUUUCGAGAGAAGACUCUACCUGAGCGUAUACAUUUAUUAAAGAUAAUUUUAAUGUCGUGGA